UGCUAGCGGGAAAAACCUAUAUGCAAGGCGACUGUCUUAUACCUGGCGAUGCGGCGCUGGCCGCUGGGGUGCCGUGGCGUCUCGUCAUUUGUUGGCCGAUAUCCCGAGCCUCAUCUCCGUGAAUCCGGCAUUCAUCGGAAGGAUGUAGUCAGCAGCUUUAGUCUUCGCGCUAUCAUCGCUCAGUCGCCCCGCUAAACUGCUUACAGUCAGUUGCGGUAUAUAUAUUUCACUCACGCGAUAUGAUGUGGCAUUUUCCCUCCCCCGUGCAAGCCGCACGUUCCAGUAACCCUGAAUGCCUAUCGAUGGAUGUUCGGAAAGUUAUCCUGAGGACAGCCAGUAUGCUGUUGUCUAGUAUCGGACUUCUCCUGAGUCUACUAGCUAUUUUCAUUCGAACACUAGUACCAUCCGCCUUUCUGUCACCCAAACCACCCCCAGAAGCGGCUGGAAAUACAUCAAGGCCAAUAGCUCGUCGCUUGAAGCGAUCCAUUUCCAUCUCACUUACUUCAUCUUCUCCGCAAUCGACCAAGUCAAACAACAUCAUGCACAGUAGCAUGGUUGUACCACGACGUCAUACGUUUGUGGAUGAACUAACUCCUCCGGUGCCUGCAACGGAAUCGCAUACCCAACGGUCUAAUCCCGUUCGAGUCUCAGAAGCCCACAAAAUACGCAAGAGACACACGUUUUCGGUCUCCCUGUCUUCCGAUGCGUGUCGGAUAAUAGCUUCGCCGAAGCAAACCACACUGCGCCUCAAAGGCAGAAAUUCUAUAGGGUCAUUUUGUCGUCCUCUGAAAAAUCCGAACCACACUUCAGACCCACCAUUGCGAACACAGCCUUACGCAGCACCAUACUUCUUUCCAGCACCUGGGACACCAGAAGCCAUUGACUAUGUGACGAAGACACGAGAAGAGCUGCGGCCUUCCGGAUUCACGCACGAUUUUAUUUGCAAGAGGAAUAAGAGAUCAUCUGAAGGUUGAUAGUGGUUACGGAUAUGAGUGUAGCAGUAGGGUGACAGAUAAGAUAAGAUAAUGAAUUGUAUCGAAUUGGCCGCUCCGGAGAU